AUGUUGGGGUUUCAAGUGGAUGAGGUUGGAGAUCCUGAUGAAGGAGGAAGAUCUGAUCUCUUGAACUACCAAAAGGAUAGUCCAACAGCCAUAGCCUUGUCCAUCACAAUGGACAAGGACGAUGGACAAUGGAUACACAGCUUCUUAUUUGAAAACGUGUGCGGACGUCAUGUGAAAUAUACUGCUGUCAUUAGGGGCUAUGCUCUUUAUGGUCACGUGAUUCAGAACCUUACGCUUUCGGUUGAUAUACCAGACCCCUGCAGAACUCAGUGUGUUAUGGAAAGUCGCUGCGCAGCAAUUGAUAUUGGCCAACACUUCGGCGAUCACAUCAUAUGUGAACUAAGUGAUUCAGACGGAACUGAAUACCCCCAAGAUCUCAAGCCUCGGAAUGAUUUUAUUUACAUUGGUACUGAGAAAGAAUUUUUUGUUUCCCCAAUAAGAACCGAUGCAGUAAUAACCCAUGCCUUAACAAUGGGACUUGCCUUAGUGGGUAUACCAAGAAAGGCCACAUUUGUCUCUGCGGAUCUCUCUACAAUGGAGAAAACUGUGAAACAGGAAUUUUACAUAGCUGAACAUCUUGUGGCGUGCAACUCCAGCGAAUGGACGCUGAUAAUAAAGAUGGACGGCAGUAAGGACACGUUUUCCUAUGAUUCUGUUCUGUGGACCAAUAAGGAUACUUUUAACCUUCCCGGAGGAAAAACUGGGCUCGACACACAAGAAACUAAGCUACCAACUUACUGGGAGAAAGCUUUCUCUAAGAUCUGCCUUGGUAUGAGGAUCGGAAGUCACACCAAUUUCAUAGUCAUUCACAUGGAGGCAACUUCCCUUUAUUCACUUAUCGCUGACGGGCAGUAUCGUGCCAUUUCGCUUGGUCGUGAUAAAUGGAAGUCGUUGAUUGGUGCAGACUCAUCCCUGCAGCUUAACUGCAACAAAGAGGGUUUCAAUUCACAGGGCUAUCCCAUGCACUUUAAAGCAAGGAUUGGUAUUAUUGGUAACGAGCAAUCUAAUUGCGAAAGUACUGAUUCCAGAAUCGGUUUUGGUACAGGAGGCAGCCCUGACAAAUCCAUCACGUGUGGCAACGUGGCUAGUUUUGGACCAGAUAAUGGAAACAGAUAUCUUAAGGCAAUGGGAUAUAUCAUGGUACAGUGA